GUCACAUCAAAUCCUAGCUGCUGAACUCCUGUAAUACAUUUGUUCAGUUUUACGAAUAUAUAUCUUUUUAGUGUUUUUUACACACAGUUUAUUUUACAGCAUUAAAUCGUGUUGGGCAAUUAUCAAAGCGCAGCAGUCUUGGGUGUUGGCUGGCCACAUUUAUAGGGCCAGGCUGCAGAAUGGAAAUGGGUUCCUUUAAGUGGCACAUUGGCUCCGAGGGACAUGACACCACUCAUGAGAAACACUAUCCGAAUGCCAGGUUUAGCCAAUGUAGAUCGGAGACACACUAUGACAAAGAGCCUGACUUUUCCGUUUUGGCUCUGAGGCCCAUUUUUCACUUAAUGCACACCAUGUUCGAUAAGCUGCAUUGGACCGAACUACCAUCGGGCUACAUUCAGGUCAAUUACGAUAUGUCUUUCGCCUUGGGGCCCAAGGUGUUGCGAAAUGAUUGGAACGAGUUGUUGGCGCAUUAUUGGUUGGCGUUCUUGGGUGUGGUUUUUAUGAUCAUUCUCAUUAUUAUCACGCCCCUCAUAGGCGUCCUUUAUUGCUGCUUCCUUUGCUGCUGUCGACGUUGCCCACAAGAAUGUGAAGCAGGAUCACAAUAGGGAAAAUAAAUAGUUGUACCGAGUUUUGGAAAAUUCCACCUGCAAGCGUGAAAGAAGCGCGGAAAACGUUUACCAUACGAUUGGACUCAAGUUCAUUAUCAACAAAAAUCUUUGUGCUAAUUCAUUUUAGCAGUGUUUCACACCUUUAGCAAAGUGAACUGCUUGACGGAAAUGUGGUUCAACGUUUCGGCAGAAUGGCUUCUGGUUUGGCUUGUUGCUCUGUACCCUGCUCUUGUUGCCCAUCAAGAUUUAUCCUAGACCAGCUGUCGCCGCUGUCGAGGGUGGGACCUCAGAGAUGUGAAACCGAAGUCGAUCUGGAAGCGACUACGACGGAAGCAGCAGCAAGCACCAACACGAAUAGCAAGUGCCAAAAAUUUACACUCGAAAAUAGCAAGUUUUUCACACGAAUUAACAAAUGUUUCUUUAAUAUAAUAUUUAAUUAAAUGUAAUCC